AUGAGUGUAUACGGAGGCCUGGGGCCAAUGACCAAUGCAGUCCUAUGGUUAGAGGCGGUCAUCUUUUCUCUUCUUGUGGCACUACGACUAUAUACACGAAAGCAGAUCUUGAACUCUGUUGGAUUCGAUGAUCAUCUGGUCUGCUUUGCUCUGGUUCUUCACCUCCUUUAUACCAUCUUCGUCACAAUCGCGACACACUAUGGCCUCGGGCAGCUAUACGCUACUGUCGGCGAUCCAACUAUCUAUUUCACAGCGGUCAAAUAUGAGCUUUUCAGCCAGGUGGCCGGUCUCAUGGUAAUUGGUGUUGGCAAAGCAGCCGUGGGAGCAUUUCUGCUCAGGAUUGUGCGAAACAAGAUCCAUAUUUGGGUCAUCUGGGCCUGUCUUUUUAUUACGGCGGUUCUCACAUUGUUUGCUAGCAUCACUGUUAUUGUCCAGUGUGUACCCGUUGAGAAGUCUUGGAACCCUUCUAUCCCAGGAACAUGCUGGCUCAACUUUUCCAAUGUUGGCUAUACUGUUGGAUCCUGGUUUGUCGCCGCCGACUUCUCCUUUGCCAUUCUCCCAUGGUUCGUGGUCUGGGACCUGAACAUGAAAAAGAAGGAAAAGAUCACUGUCGCCGUCGGCCUCAGUCUUGGAAUCUUUGCUGGAAUAUGCGGUAUUGUCCGAACAGUCGCAUUAUCAGGCCUAGAUGCAUCCGAGUAUAUUUAUGACACCGUUCCUAUGCUCAUCUGGUCCGCGACUGAAAGCUGCGUGACAAUCAUGUGCUCUACAAUCCCCGUCCUCCGCCCUCUCUAUAUUCGUUUGAGAUACGGAAAAGAUGGCAAGGAUGGCUCUUCCAGCGACAAUUCCUACAAGUUGCCAAUGUACGGCAAUAGUCGAAAAUACAGCAGUAGCAGGCAUUACGGUCAGCUUUCCAAGUCUGGCUUUGAGACUUCGGUUGUUGAGCCGAGAGCGUUUUCUCAACAGACUGUCAUUCAACCUACCAGAACUAAUGAUAGCGAUGAGAUAAUUCUUCGGAGUCCUGCUCGAAUUGAAAGAACAGAUGAGAUUUCUGUUAGUUACGAGACAUUUGGCGACAAAGCUUAA